AUGGCUCGUACCAAGCAGACGGCUCGCAAGUCCACCGGCGGGAAAGCCCCGCGCAAGCAGCUGGCCACUAAGGCGGCCAGGAAAAGCGCCCCGGCCACCGGAGGCGUGAAGAAGCCUCACCGCUACCGGCCCGGCACCGUGGCGCUCAGAGAGAUCCGUCGCUACCAGAAGUCCACCGAGCUGCUGAUCCGCAAGCUGCCUUUCCAGCGCCUGGUGCGAGAGAUCGCGCAGGACUUCAAGACCGACCUGCGCUUCCAGAGCUCGGCCGUGAUGGCGCUGCAGGAGGCCAGCGAGGCUUACCUGGUGGGCCUGUUCGAAGACACCAACCUGUGCGCCAUCCACGCCAAGCGCGUCACCAUCAUGCCCAAGGACAUCCAGCUGGCCCGGCGCAUCCGUGGCGAGAGAGCUUAAACGGUUGCAAGAAUUUCAAGAACUCGGACCAAAUG